UAAUUUUGGAAUUAUCAUUAAAUUUGGAAUGAUCAGCAUGGCCAAAGCCUGUACUAAGUGGGAACUGCGUUUAUCUGAUUAUGGAUUAAGUUUUGUAUUCAUAUAAUAUUCAGAGCCAUUUUUUUUCUUUCUUUCUUAGCAAACAAAAAGUUAUUGUUUCACACAAAGGUGUUUCUACUCAUAUAUGUAUUCUGGUAAAUGAGUACCAAGUACUACUAUAACAGAUUGUAAGAUUGCAAGUCUACCUGUCAAUUAACAAUAAGACUGACUAGUGCGCGUGCAUUUUUACAAAUUUUUUUGGGUAGAAGGUGGGGUCAUGAUCAGUAUAAAUAUGAAUGAGUUUCAUCAGAAGGAUUCAACUCUGCAUUAUCUGCUUGAUUUGCUCUGCAGUUUCCAACAAAACCAUGGCACUCAGUGGAGCUCUGAGAGGUUGUUUCAUGCUCUGUGUUCUCUUCCUGUACAUGAGAGGAGCCGACGCUCUAGAUGUGGACCAGAACACUCUGGCUCACAUUAUCACUUACAUUCAAAAAACGUUUAGUCCUGGUGCUGAUGUUCAGUAUGCGGUGGCCAUCAACAUUCCAGCUCAAAAGUGUGCUGCAGGUUUUUUUCCUGAUCAGGAUAAAGAAUUCCUUGCAGGCAAUGACCCAAAAACUGUCAAAGAUUGCUUAAAUAAAAGAGACAUUUAUGAAAGCAAAACAAUGAUUGGGGCAAUGCCGAAGAAUAACGCUCACUCUGAGUCACGGCUGCUGAGGCGAGUAGGUACUGGCAAAUCUCCCAUGGAGAACCUCCUUAACCAACAAAACGACAGCUGUGUAGUUUUCUACACAUACAACUCGCCCUGCCUUGGUACCUGUCUAUGUGGUUCAAGUAAAUAUAGCAUUCUCAAUUUACUCAAGAUAUUCCAAAAUCAUCAAGGUCCAGAAGCUUUUGCUUUCAAAAAGAUUUUUGGCAGUGAGUCUAGAAAACAGCGUCGUGAAUGCUUUGCCAAAGUAAACAAAGAAAUUCGUCUCUAUUGCUGUAUCACUGGAGAAUGCAAAGCUUGCUUUAAUGAAGGGAGCUUUAGUAAGGUUUGCUGAAACUUGACAACUGUGUUAUUGGUCUCCACAGCACUCUGGUGCUCUAUACAACACUGUAUAAAUACAAUCUAAGGAUAAAAAUCAGUAAAUAAAUACAUAAA